CCACCUGGGCAGGUUGGGCCGAGGGGCGGAAGGACGGGCGGACGGGGCCUCGCGAGGGACAAACUGCCGCGGUCGUCGUCAUGAUGCGCUUCAUGCUGCUCUUCAGCCGGCAAGGGAAGCUGCGCCUGCAGAAGUGGUACCUGGCCACGUCGGACAAGGACAAGAAGAAGAUGGUGCGCGAGCUGAUGCAGGUGGUGCUGGCCCGCAAGCCCAAGAUGUGCAGCUUCCUGGAGUGGCGCGACCUGAAGGUGGUCUACAAAAGAUAUGCCAGCUUGUACUUCUGCUGCGCCAUUGAGGAACAAGACAAUGAGCUGAUCACCCUGGAGCUCAUCCACCGAUAUGUCGAAUUGCUGGACAAAUAUUUUGGCAGUGUCUGUGAGCUGGAUAUCAUCUUCAAUUUUGAGAAGGCCUACUUCAUUUUGGAUGAGUUCCUGAUGGGGGGCGAAGUGCAGGACACUUCCAAGAAGAGCGUCCUGAAAGCCAUUGAGCAGGCGGACCUCUUGCAGGAGGAAGAUGAGUCACCCCGGAGUGUGCUGGAGGAGAUGGGGCUGGCAUAGCUGCUCACCACGCAAUCUCAGAUCAUUCCCCCACUGCCACUUUGCCCCCCUUGCUGCCCAGUGUGUAUGUGGGGGGGGGGCAGGAGGCCAGGGCUUCCCCCCCACAGUCCGCCGUGUUUGAGGAAUCAACUCAGUGGAGAGAGUAGCAAACUGUACUGUGUAAAUAUUGACCCCCCCCCACUUCAGGGAGAGGGGCGCACUGUGGCCACUGGAGCGGGGGCGGGGGGGCCGCCCCAGCUUGCUGUACAGAAGGGUCCUUUGGUCCUUCCCAGUCAGCUGGCCCUGUGGUUCUCCCUUUCUCCUCCUCUUUCUCUUUUCAUCUGUUCUGUUUUUCCUCUGCCACCUUCUUUCCCCAUCUGUUUGCACCAGCAGUGUGGGUCUUCUUGCCGCCCCCAGGCCUAUGAUUCAUCCAGGCAGCAAGCAUGUGAUCGAGAGCGGAGGACGCAGAGGAUCUCUGCCUGCCUUCUGGCAGGGUCCCCUGCUACUUGCAGGGCUGUGGGUGUGCAUAUACGUGCUCAGAAGUUUGGUGGAAACUUCCUCUAAGCACCAGCUGAACAGUGGUUGCCCUCUGAACUUUGGGGGGGAGGGGUGCAUGGGUGUGUGUAUCGCCCCCUUUCCCGUGGGCAUGAUUUCUCCAGACCAAGGAAUGGGCGUGUCUUCCUGUUUUUGGAAUAAAUUGUGUGUGGAAGGAA